UGGAGACAGAGCGACCUGUGUGGAUGCAGCGAAGCACAGAGGCCCGGCCUUUGCUGUCAGUCUGUGGAGGGGGCUCACAGAACAGACGUCAAGAUGAUGCUUUCAAGAGCCAAACCAGCUGUAGGCGGGGGCCCACCGCACAUUGACAAAAGAAAGAAGAAAGGUAGGAAGAUACCAAAACUAGAGGAGCUACUUUCACAAAGAGAUUUCACUGGAGCUAUUACCCUAUUGGAGUUCAAACGUCAUGUUGGGGAACAAGAAGAGGAUACUAAUUUAUGGAUUGGAUACUGUGCUUUUCACCUGGGUGACUACAAGAGAGCUUUGGAGGAAUAUGAAACGGUGACAAAAGAGGAAAACUGCAAUCCUGAAGUCUGGGUGAACCUAGCCUGUACCUACUUUUUUCUUGGAAUGUAUAAAGAAGCUGAAGCAGCUGGAUGUAAAGCUCCAAAAAGCCGACUUCAAAACCGCCUCCUCUUCCAUUUGGCUCACAAGUUUAAUGAUGAAAAGAAAUUGAUGAACUUUCAUCAGAAUCUUCAGGAUAUCACAGAAGAUCAACUCAGUCUGGCCUCAAUCCACUAUAUGCGAUCCCACUAUCAAGAAGCAAUUGAUAUUUAUAAGAGAAUACUGCUAGAUAACAGGGAAUACCUUGCCCUCAAUGUGUAUGUGGCCCUAUGUUACUACAAGUUGGAUUACUAUGAUGUGUCUCAAGAAGUUCUGGCUGCUUACCUUCAGCAAAUUCCUGAUAGUACCAUCGCACUCAAUCUUAAGGCUUGUAACCAUUUUCGUCUUUACAAUGGCAAAGCAGCUGAGGCAGAACUCAACAGCUUGAUGGACAACGCUUCGUCUUCCUUUGAAUUUGCUAAAGAACUCAUCAGGCACAAUCUGGUUGUUUUCCGAGGAGGUGAAGGGGCUUUGCAGGUUUUGCCUCCCCUGGUUGAUGUCAUUCCUGAAGCUCGGCUAAACUUAGUGAUUUACUACCUUCGUCAAGAUGAUGUACAAGAAGCUUAUAACUUAAUUAAGGAUCUGGAACCUACCACUCCUCAGGAGUAUAUCCUCAAAGGAGUGGUCAAUGCAGCCCUUGGUCAGGAAAUGGGUUCGAGGGAUCAUAUGAAAAUUGCCCAGCAGUUCUUCCAGUUGGUGGGAGGAUCAGCUAGUGAAUGCGAUACAAUACCAGGGAGGCAGUGCAUGGCUUCCUGCUUCUUCCUGCUUAAGCAAUUUGAUGAUGUCUUGAUUUACCUCAACUCAUUUAAGAGUUACUUCUAUAAUGAUGACAUCUUUAAGUUUAAUUAUGCCCAAGCCAAAGCUGCAACAGGCAAUACCAAAGAGGGUGAAGAGGUGGGUACCUCUGUUUACCAUUACUUUGUAUAUUUGGAACAUAGAACCAAAUCCAUAGAAUUAAAAAAGCAUAAAUAUUUGCUUCUUUUUGUAGAUAUCAUGAAUAAGAAACCAAGACUAGCCUGGGAACUUUACCUCAAGAUGGAAACCUCUGGCGAGUCCUUUAGCCUCUUACAGCUCAUUGCUAAUGACUGCUAUAAGAUGGGCCAAUUUUACUAUUCAGCCAAAGCAUUUGAUGUCUUAGAGAGGCUGGAUCCCAACCCUGCAUAUUGGGAAGGCAAGAGGGGUGCCUGUGUGGGCAUUUUCCAGAUGAUCUUAGCUGGAAGAAAACCCAAAGAAACCCUUCGAGAAGUGCUGCAUUUAUUGAGAAGCACAGGCAACACCCAGGUAGAGUACAUCAUCCGGAUCAUGAAGAAAUGGGCCAAAGAGAACAGAGUGCCGGUCUAAGACACAGCUCCGGGGUCCUAGGAAACCAGUCACCACCUGACUUAAGUUGGAAAUCAUUUUCCUCCAGUUUAACGUAAGAUGCAGGGCUCUAUUUUAUUGGUAUUUCCAUCCUUGCUUUUCAAGUCUCAAGAGCAGUGACUAGCUCGCUUACCUAGCCUCCUGGCUGAACCAAGUGCCGCAGUCAGCGCUGCGGCCCACGUGAUCCAACUAGCAAUAAAACUGGACUUGUCUGGUGCCUUUCUUCCAAAAAUACUCAAGAGUACUCUUCUGGAAUAUACUGGCUUUAAGGAAAGUAGCAUUACUUUUCUCUGUAUUAGCAUUCCAUGGCAUUUUCUCCUAACUGCUAUAACAAAUGCCUUUAGUGCUCAAGCACCAUCAUUCUAUCAUUUUAAUUUUAGCCAUUUCUGUAUAUUAUGCUGGAGAAUUCCAGAAAGAGUUUUUUGUAAUGCCUCUAUGAAUCUUGGGAGAGCAGGGGUUAUAAAUAGCUAGCUAUAUGAUUCUAAAAAUGGCAGUAAGAUCCUUUAUGGAACUGUCCAGUCAUUAAGAGUUAAUAGGCUUAUGGGAUUACUCUUUCAGUAAUUGAAUUCUUGAUAACAACAUGUUACAGUGGAGUAACUUGCAUGUUGCAGUUUUAAAAGGUGAGUACUAUGAAAAAAUCUAUGUGGUACACUUAGUAGUAUUUAGGAAAUUAAGUUCAAAUUUCAUUAGUCACCUCCCCAUUAUAUUUUAGGUAACAAAACAAGUUAGGUUUUUUCUUCAUGUAUCUUGCUAAAUAAACAUGAAUUUUGAAAGCAGGCUGCAAAGAUUAUACAUACACAUUGUGGCUAUUUAUUAACGUAAUGAUACUAGAACAUGGAUUGUGUAAAGCCUUUGUGGGCCCUCCUAAUGAUGGCUGGAAUCUCUGUCCCGAGUCAUAUUCCAGCCCCAUGUUUCUGAGCUCUCACAACAUAAGCCUAUUAUACAACUGAACAUUUUUAGGCUCAUGACCCAUUUUCAGAAAACAGACCUACAUGUUUUUAUAUACCAGAUUACCUUUGUUCCUACACCAUAUAAUUUUUUUCUAUUAGUUUAAGGUACCUAGUAUAGCAGGUGUACAAAGUGCAGAGCCAUCCUUAUCCAGCAUGAAAACUGAAAGAAAGUCGUAAUUUCCUGAAGCACCAAAGACAGAGGAAUUCCUAUCAGGACCGCAUCAGGUGUCCCCCACUCACCACAGCCCCAGCACCGCACUGUGGGUGAAGCAGCAGCACAGACGGGGGAUGGAAGUGUGGCAGGAGGCAGAGCGGCUAAGGGGACAGAUAGAUGCCCACAGAUUGCCUUUGCCUUCUGGACAGUUGCAGGGGUUCCUUCUGCUCCCUUAAGGAGGAUGGCCAGUUUUCCUUUUAUCUUAGACCCAAUUCUGUCAGUUCAGAGCACAUAUCAGAAUAGAUUGGCCUGAAUAACUGAAUUAAAGAAAAGAAAGGUACAGCAUUUUUCAUAUACCAGAGCUUCUGUUUCCUCAUUAUGUUGGUCCUACUUUUUUAAUAAUUGAUUAUCAGCAACUAAGGUCCUGGGUGGGUCCUGGCAGAACCUACUACAAUUUUUAGAAUCCUUCUGGUGAUUCUUGCUUACCUCACUUUAAAAUAUUAGGAAACAUAAGAGGGGGUAAAGACAGAUAUAAUUUGUCUUUCGGCAAUUAAAUUCAUCUUCCAAUUAAUUGCUAUUAUUUUCAAAUUUCCUAUACUUGAAAAUCAGCUUUUCUAUUGAUGGUAGUUUACGUUUACAUGAGCUUUUGUUGAGUUUAACACUAACUUCUCUCUGCCAUUUUCCUGCUUUUGGGGAAAAAAAAUACUCCAAAAAUAACAAUUCCUAGAAUUUUAGACUAAUUUUUAAAGAAGUUUUUAAUCUGUAGAAUUGAGCCAGAAAAACCAUAAAGACUAGUUUAAGAGAGCUACCAUCCAAUUAUGUUACUGAGGAUAGCUACUUCUGAAAUGUCUUGGUAGUCUCAAGAUCGCAAAGUAGUGUAGCAUGGCUAUUUUUCUACAUGUGAUGACAUAGAGAAGGUCCACACUUAGGAAUGUAGUGUAAUGUGUAUAGUUCAGAGCAUCCAUGUGCUAUUUAUAGUCUGUAGCAAAUAUUACUUGAAAAGGAAAAAAUUUUUAAUUAUUUUUGUACUUCAAAAUAAUUAUAUUCUCUGUAAUAUAUUCAAAUUAAAGUUUGUCAUUGGGUUCUUA